GGAUAUCAGAGUCGACGAUUGGACUGCAACAUUUUGAGAACAACGCCGACAGCAACAAGUUCCGGCUUCCUCCUCAAAAUCCCCCGAAUCCGGUAGAUGUGGAAUUAAUAGAUCAUCAUUUUGUUUCAUCAACUCUUUUUCUCCAGGCGUGCUCUAACAUCAUCGUUGCGUUCAACAUGGGUGGUGGAGAUUUGAAUAUGAAGAAAUCGUGGCACCCUCAGAGGAUGGAUAACCAGGAGAAGGUUUGGAAGAAAGAGAAUGCAGAGAAGAAAGAACGACAGAGAAUGAUGGAGCUCAAGAGACAAAUGCAGGAAGAGAGAGAUCUGGAAGAAAUAAAGAAACAUGGAGAGAAUAGUGGUACUCUCAAGAAGAAGAAGGAUCGAGUGGACUGGAUGUACAACCAACCACAGGUCAAUGAAGAAGAUUACCUGAUGGGCAAGAAGGUUGAUAAAGCCAUCAUGGAACACCAGGAAACAAAGGCUAAAGUAGCAGCUAGUGGAGGAGCAUCAGGUCUGAUUGUAGAUAUGGCGGCUAAAGUGAAAGAGGAUCCUCUCUUUGCUAUCAAAAAACAAGAGAUGGGUCACAAGAAAGCUCUGAUGAACAACCCAAUUAGAAUGAAGCAGCUCCAGUUAAUGUUAAAAGCACAGGUGGCAGCCAAAGAAAAGUCCAAGAAAAGUAAGAAGAGCAAGGAAGGAAAGAAACAUAAAAAAUCAAGAAGAAAAUCGUCCAGCGAUAGUGAAAGUGAGAGUGAGAGUGAUACCGGUACUUCAAAACAUGACAGAAGAGACAGAAGAGACAAGAAGAAAAAGAUGGAAAGAAGGAGAGACUCCAGUGAAUCAUCAGAUGAAGAGCAGAGGAGAGUCAGAAGGAAGGAAUCAAGGAGGAGCAAAGAUAGGAGACAAAUAAAUGAUAGUGAUUCAGAACAGGAAAGAAGGAAAGAUAGAAGAAAGAAAGAAAAAAGAAAUCAGGAAAGGAGAAACAUUAGUGAUAGUGAUUCAGAACAUGAACGGAGGAAAGAUACUAGGAAGAAGGAAAGGAAGAACAAAGAUAGGAGAGACUUUCAUGGUAGUGAUUCAGAACAGGAUAGGAGAAGAGAUAGCAAGAAAGAUGAGAAGAAGAGGAGAGAGAGGAGAGAUGGUAGUGAUGACUCGGAGGAUGAAAGGAAGAGAGAUAGCAGGAGAGAUGAGAAGAAGAGGAGACAGAGGAGAGAUCGUAGUGCUGAUUCAGAGGAUGAAAGGAUGAGGAAGAACUCUUCAUCCCAUCAUGCUGAACAGAAGAAGAAAAAGAUACCUCCUGGCUAUGGACUCAUUGGAGGGCACAAAGCACCAAGAAGGCACAGAGAGAGUAGCAGUGAGAGUGAUCAUACCCCUAACAAACAUCUCAGACAUGAUGAUAGGAACAGAGAUAGAAGAAGGUCAAGGUCACCUGUCAAGCAACGGAAAUCAAAGAAAAUGGAUGCUGAAGAGUUGGAACGUCGCAGAGCAGAAAUGAUGGACAAUGCUAAGUGGAGAGAUGAACAAAGAAAAGACAGGGUGUCGAGAUACAAUGCUGAAGAGAAAGAAGAGACAGAAAUGGAGACAAAGAAGACAAAAGAAGCCAAGUUUCUUGAGAAGAUGCGGUUACCAAGCAACAGUUCCGUUGAGGAUCAGAUAAAGAGGAAUGUUUUCAGUAUCCAGCGAACCAAUGCAGCCCUGGAUAAGAACUUUGCAAGAAGAUAACAAGGUUGCUGUCUUGCCUCUUCAUGGCUAACAGUCAUGUCAAAAAGAUAUUUUAAAGGCCCACUGCACUACUUGUAGCUACUUGCGCUCUCUAUAUAACAAACAAUGCCUAAUC